AAAUGCCUACUGGAAGAGAAUGAUGUGUCUUAAGUGACUGAGAACUUGAGGGGAAAAGAGAGAAAAAGAGACGAAUUUGGCUUUCUUUAAGUUAGGAAAAACGGCGACUCCAAGUAUUUGUCAAGGUUAUGCCUACUCAUAUAAACAUAUUUAUUUAAUUCAAGUUAAGUUCAAAUGCUGCUCCAAGUACUGUAUGCCUGACUAUGCGCGCAGCAAGGAGGUUAAGAAUUAAAAACACAGCAAUAAACACAACAGCAUUCUGCACAUGCCUAAAGUUAUUCUCACCCCAUUUUUCACAUUUCCCAAAGCAGAACCUGGACCUGAAAAUAGCCUUCGAGUGAAAGACUCGAAAGGAAGCCCGGAUCCUUCCAAGCUCAGAUAACCCCAGCGGCCGCAACCUCCUCCCUCUGAGUUUGCAGCCAUUUCGUUUCCACAAUAAUGAGCAGGAGCAGCUGCUAGAGAAAAUGUAACUCAUGGGGCGCAAGGCACAGGCACAAAAGGGGGCCGUGCGGCUGCAACGCAUACCUGCCACAAAUGCAAAUAUUCUCAGCUUAAAAGCUGGGGGCACUGAAGCGGCAAAUGUUUCAGCGGCCGCCUCGCUCUCCCCCGGGACCGCUCCUCAUCCACAGCUUUGCGAGGACUCGAACCCGGCUCAGGACCGCCCAACUUAACAACCUUGAGGGCAGCGGCAGCCGGAGUUGCUAGGGGGCGCCUGCGCGCUGGGGGUCGCCCUUUUUCCACCCUGUCUCUGCCGGCGCCGUUGACCCCCGAAGCUGACGCCGCCCGCAGUUCGCCUGCUCCCUAUUUUUAGGAAAAGCUUCGGCGUCUCCGCCUGAGCGGCGGUGGGGAAACUAGAGCGCCUCCCCGGUAUUCGGCUGGCAAACUUCGCGCAAAGGACAGCUGGCGAAGGCAGACAGAGAAGAUGUUAAAGUAACAAGAAUCAAUGUGGAAGAGUAUGGAUUUCUAAAAAGACAAACUACCCUAAUGCCUGAAUGUUUGCUAUAGCAGCUCUUCAAGACCGAACAUGCAAUACCCUAACUACAGACACAGUGAUUAAUCUGAUAUUGCAGCCAUGGAAGACAACUUAAGCUUUUGGGACAGCUUGAUAUUUUCACACCCAAUCUGCAUGAACUGGAAGUCAGAAGCCGAAGGAUCGAUCUAUCAUUUAGCUAGCAUUUUGUUUGUGGUUGGCUUUAUGGGCGGAAGUGGCUUCUUUGGCUUGCUCUAUAUUUUCUUUCUGCUAGGGCUGGGUUUUCUCUGCUCAUCUAUGUGGUCGUGGCUGGAUGUCUGUGCAGCUGACAUUUUCUCGUGGAAUUUUAUCCUGUUUGUGAUCUGCUUCAUACAGUUUAUUUAUGUAACCUACCAAAUACGGAGUGUUGCUUUUGACAAAGAAUUUCAGGAACUUUACAAUGCUUUGUUCCAGCCUUUGGGGAUCUCCUUGCCUGUUUUUAGAAAAAUUGUCCUCUGCUGUGGUGAAGAAGUUAUUACAUUAGAGAAGGAACAUUGUUAUGAACAUUGUUAUGCAAUGCAAGGCAAAACUCCAAUUGACAAGCUCUCCUUGCUUUUGUCAGGAAGAAUUAGAGUGACGGUGGAUGGGGAAUUUCUGCAUUAUAUUUUCCCUCUUCAAUUUCUGGAUUCACCUGAAUGGGAUUCACUAAGACCCACAGAAGAUGGCAUUUUUCAGGUAACCCUUACUGCUGAAACAGAUUGUCAUUAUGUGACGUGGAGGAGAAAAAAAUUAUAUUUACUCUUUGCAAAACACCGAUUCAUCUCACGUCUGUUUUCAAUCCUGAUUGGAAAUGAUAUUGCUGAUAAACUCUAUGCAUUGAACGACAGAGUGAGCCAAGGGAAAGGAUUUCGAUAUGAUAUUCGGCUACCAAAUUUCUAUCAUGUAUCAUCUCCUAACACACCAAAAAAAAAAUCGGCAGACCAUUUUCAGAACAAUUCAAGACAACAAUAAAAUUAAAGACAACACCUCUUACUAGAAAAUAAUGUAAUUUUGCCUUCUUACCACCAUUAAAUGAUGAAAUGUACUAUGGUGGUAUCAUGUGAAGACUCUCAAAAAGGAAACUUUUAAAAUAAAAAUCAUUUUCUUUCCUAGCAGACAAUCUACGGUAGUGGAACUCUUCACACACUGUUUAGAACCAGCAGACUGUACACAUAGAUUGUGCAUUAUGAUUCAUUUCUGUUGACUUGUUCUGUUCAUCUUAUUACUUUGGGAGAAUAGGGGCAGAUAUGAAUCAUUAUUUGAUACUUCUUGUAAUUGUACUUGCUGUGUUGUGUUUUCAAAAGCAUUAUUUGCAUAGAGUUUUUUUCCUGCUUAUUAAGAUCUCCUUGUCACAUGAAUUAUGCAAGCUAUUUUAUCAUAGAGAACAGCAACAAGCAAACCAUCUUUUCAAAAGAACCUUGGUUCACUUGUGCAUAAUUAUAAUGCAUAAACUUGGCCUACAGAUUUACAGAAGACGACCCAUAUGACAAAGAAUUGAACAACCUGUAAAGCUGAAAAAGACUUGGCACUUUCUUCAUUUCUAUCAUAAAAUGAUGCUUUUGGAUAUACAACAAAAGGCAUAAGUAUUACUAUUUAGAAUUCAAAAAGUGCAUCAAUCACUGCAAAUGUUGCGAUUUAUGUAGCGCAAAAAGGUUCCAUUAUUUAAAUAGCACAGAAGGCAGCUACAGUACCUUGAUGAAUGGGACACUAUAUAUUUUACGAACGGAAAUGUGAUGGGAAAGGAAUUAUUUCUUAAAGGGCAAAUAGUGGGGGGGGUUGUUUCCCCUAGUCAAAGAGAAAUGAGUUUCCAAGCACUCUUAAACUAAUGCCACUCCAGUGAACUGAAACAAGGGCAAUAAAUGCACCAACUACUGUAUAUAAAAACUCAAAAACUCACAUUUAUAUAAACAAAUCAAUCAGUCUCCUUUCCUUUGCUUCAACAUAUCGGACUAACCUCAGGAACAUGGAAAACAUGGAAUCCCAUAAAUCACAAUAUUACUUGUAUCACUUUGAGGAAGAGUCUGAGAUUUAUAGCAGGAAUCAUAAACAUAUUUUUCAUCUCAGAUUUUGAAUCUAGGCAACACACCUGUAUUUUUCAAGAGGUUAUCACAUAAUAGAUUCCUGUUAUUUUAGAAACGUCUGGUGUUGCUAAUCCCAGGUAUUGACAGAUAAGCACUCGAAUGGAAAGAUUAUAAUAACUUAAAAUAUUCCUCCUCAUUACUUAAAAUUCUGUAUUUAUUGAAACCUACUGGUACAACAAGAGCAUAAGCGAUAACUUGAAGUGUACGUAAGCACAUAAGCACUGCCCUGCUUGAUCAAACUAUUGGCCCAUUUAGUCCAACGGUCUAUUUUCAUAGUGGCAGCCCACUGCACAAAAAUGUCCAAUAGUCUUCCUGUAGAUCAGAUAUGUCAAACUCGCGAUGUCACAUAAUGUCGCAUGACAUAUCGGAACUUUUUCCCCAUUGCCAGCAAUGGGGUGAGUGCGGUUUCCUCAUGAUGCAGCCCAAGCAAUUGCCAACACAUCUCACUGUAGCAAAUUUCAAAUUAUGCUUUAUAUUAAAAAAAAAUUGUCCCGAUUCUUCCAGGACUCCAAUUCAUUGAAUGACUAGAAUUGGGGGGAAGGGAAAAUAGCUUCUCCUUGUCUAUUUUAUCUGCACAUGCAUAAUUGUGUAUACCUCAAUCAUGUUGCCUCAGUUGGGACCAAAAAUACCAGCUGAGAUUUUAGAUUCAUUCAAAGCUUGGAGAGAAUUAAAAAGUCUUUCGUUCUUCAUAACUUGGCCAAUGGUGAUUUUUUUUUAGAUAUACUGGUUUAUUAUGCCAUUUUACAUGCAAAAUCAAUAAGAAAAAUAAUACUGUAACAAUUGCAAACAUAUGGCCAUUAUAUAGAAGAUGACUUAAUCUUAUCCAUUUUUCAGGUCUGAAUAAUGUCUCUGAGCCUGGUUGUUUUCUUGCAGAUGUUUCAUUACCCAAACUAGGUAACAUCAUCAAUUCUAGUACUGAUGAUGUUACUAGUUUGGGUAAUGAAAUGUCUGCAACAAAACACCCAAGCUUAGAAAGUACCAAGGACUCCUCAUUUCAACUCUGAGCUAUAAAUAUUCUCCUUUCUUAAUAUCAACCAUACUGUACAAUCUUGGGGUUAACAUCUCUUUAAAGGAAGAAAAGUAUACAUUCUUUCCUAUCUCACUAACUGAUAUAAAACUUCUGUAUUUUUAGAAAUAGUAUAAGGAAAAUGUAUACUUCUUUGCUUCUCAAAGUAUAACCUAUAUUAUAAUGGUUAUAUUAUAAUGUUUCUGUGGAAGAAACAGUUAGGAUAAAUGCCAUUAUUUUUAAAAUCAUGUUCAAAAGUCAGAAAUAUUUGAGCAAUAUAUUUUGAUUUUGAUCCAUCUGAUUCUUGGCUAACCACACAUUGUGUUUUCCAUUUAUUUUAUUUAGUAGAUUAGUAAUAAAGCUGUACUAUUUCAUUUUGGAUUUAUUCUGGUCUGUCACUAUAUUGUUUCUUUUUAGAAACAGAAAUUCUAGGACAAUUAAUUCAAACCAAACUAAAUAUAUUAGAUUCAGUUAGGAGUAGCUGCAAUAUUGAUAAUAAAGAAACACAAUGUAUUUGGAGUUAAAUAUUAGUAGACUGUUGUCUUAUAUUUUUGUUGCUUAUACUCAGGGGAAGCUUAGGAAAUGAUAAUGAUUUAUAUAUAAAAACUUUAAAAGAAUUGAAACAAAUUAUAUUUUCUAUGCUAAAUGUACUUGUCCAAUAUUGUACAGAUGUGUACUUUACAAAUAUUUAAAUUUUAGUAGAAACCUGUAUUUUCUUAGCAUUUUAGAAUAGUUUGACUUUAUGGAAUGGCAGAGGGUUCUAGAAAUAGUUUUUAGCAAUUUGAAAAUGCAUUAAAUAUGUUGCUACCAGCAGGCAUAUUUAGUAGUAAAUUUAUACAUAAAAGCAUUUAUAUGUUCAGCAGCCCUAUAAAUCCCUAUUCUGCAUCCACUCUGUUGCCCAUGCAUAAAUACAUGUAUAUGAGAUUCUAAAAUGUAUGUGUAUUAAUUUCAAGGUAAAACUCAUCAUUUGUGAAGAACGUCUAAUGUACUGACACUGACAUCUAGCACAUGUAUAUACAUCUGUCUAUAGAUCUAUCAUGCAUAUAGAUACGGAGCCAUGUGGACAAGGGACUGCGGCCUGUUUAGUCCCCCCCCCCCAAGUGUAGCAAUUGUGCUUGUAAAUACACAGGGCAGGUGGGAGGAGAGACAGUCAAACACAUUAGUGAGGCAAAAGAGUUAAGUGAAAAGACUGUGUUGUUACAAAUUUGGUAUUUUGUAUAAAGUAAAUUAACAUUUUCAUCUUUUACUAAAGGACAACACAAAAAAGAUAAACAGCAUGCUCAAAAGAAAACACCCGAUAAACAUUUCAAUUUAAUGGCUAAAUGGCUUUGCAUUAAUAAAAUGCAGUGAUCAUUCCUAUAGACAAAUUGUUAUUUGUGAUAUGCAAUGAAUAUUGUAUUCCCUCUGAUGCAGAUUACCAUUUUAGUAGGUUAAUUCCCGACUAUUAUCUUUAUAAGAUUUGAUAAUUAAUGGAAAAAAUAGGAAUAAUUGCUAAA